AUGUUCAAGCAGCGUAAAGUGAAUAGGUGUAAUUUUAGUAAUAAACGUGGUAUUUUCAAUGAACAAGAUGAUCAACAGAGUAUAAACCAAUCUCAAUCCCAAUCCCAAUCCGCUAUCCAUGAAAAACACCUUUUAAGGAAAUUAAAGAGGACUUCUCCGGGUAUUGAUGUUGAUAAGCUGGUUAGUGGAGGUAAUACUCCUGAUAACAAACGAUCGCGUUUGGAUCAGGAUAUUGAACAGGAUAACCAUUCAAACCACUCAACCAACUCAAACUUCACCACACACUCACCAACUAUAAACGUCGAUAAGGCUAUGAUGGUGUUCAUUGAGGAGGAAUUGAAGCGAAGGAAGGGCGAUACUCAUUCACUCUCUCAUACGCCCACUCCAACUCAAUUAAACGAUCCUUCAAGUGAAUUAUACGCUAUUGCUCAACAAUACACUCCCAAACACCCUCACAAGCAACCCGCACACGAUGGCAGUAUUACUCGCUCUGAGAGUAUGCUCACUACUAUCCCUGAAGUCGAUUUAGGCGUGGAUGCUAAACUCAGGAACAUUGAAAACACCGAAAAAGCUAAACAGCGAUUUAAGCAUACAUCUAAUCAUUUAGAUCAAGUUGAUAAUUCUAACCACUCUCAAAUCAGAUUCUCUCAACCUUCCCUCAUAAAAUCACGUAUCGAUAGCAGUUCUUUACUCCCAAUCAACCAACAAGAUGCAAUCAACGAUUAUAGACAAUCUGGUAAGGCGAGUGAUGAUGAUCAUUAUUCGAGGUUUAGACGGAGUGAUAAGUGA